AAGGGGCGACUCACGGGUUUCUCACUCACAACCCGUUCUCGUGGGUUUCCAAAACAGGAAAAUCUAACAUCUGCAUCACUUCCGGCGUUCCUACAACAUCAAACUGCCACGCCGUGAUAUUAUGAAAUAUUGUUCACAGAGAAUAGAACCAAACUCAUCACUCACUGUUCUGGGAGGUUUUUUAAAAAAAACUCUAUCUUACGUAACAGGAGUUCAGAGUGACUCUGGGAUUGACGUUUAUCGUUUAUAAGUUUGGCCGCCUAACUUUCUGGGUAUCACAAAUCAAAAUAUGAAGAGAAAAUAACUGCAGAAUGUUUAAAUUGUUUUAACCGUUGACGGAGACGAUCUGAGCGAAGGAGGUGGUGAAAAGACAUAUCAAAGUCGACCGACCUUUGGUGAAUGUGAGCUAAAUUGUCCCAAUCCUUUUGGAGAUAAACAUGAGCCGAUUUGAUGCUCCUAUUUAUGCACCGCGAUAAUCCGUGCGAUGUAUCACACAUGAAAUAGACUCGAGAACGAACCUUUUGUGCAACUGGGCACGAGCAAUCCGUGCAAUGUUUGAACCCCCCCCAUGAAAUCAACACGUGCACGAACAAAAACACGCACUUCUCGCGCAAGCCUUGUCGUUUAUCAGACGCAGACGACACAGCCAGCACAAACAUGGAGGUUGUUCUUGGGCCCGAAAUGAUAAAGUUUUACAUCAAUGAAUCUUUAGAAUGCACAAGAAAGGCUGACGUUGUCGAACUCCAACCGAUGCAGCUAGCAUCACCCGCCAGCUCGGCGCGAACACAUGGAACAUACAGUGAGGAAGAUUACCUGACCAAGGACAGCCACCACCGAGUCACCUACAGCACCGCCACCCGACUCCGUGUGGCUGCCAUAGCAGUUUCCUGGGCGUCUGUGGUCUUUGCUCUGUCGACGGGCAUCGUUGCUAUUGUUUUCAGUACUCUCGAAAGGAGCCAAUCGCUGUUUGGUUAUGGGUUGGACGCUAUUUUGGACGGGAUCUCGUCCAUGGUCGUCCUGUGGAGAUUUUACGGUAGUGACCGAUCCGUAUACUCAGCUAAACGGGAACGAAUUGCCUGUAUCGUCAUAUCGCUGCUGUUUCUGGUAGCAGCCACGUGUUUGGUCGGCAAAUCUGCCAACGCUCUUGCUAUGGAAGUGAAGGAGACAGGCAGCGACAUCUUGUAUGGGCUGGCGAUAUGUAACGCCCUCGUCUCUCUCGCCCUUGCCAUCACCAAGGUCAUCCUUGGCUAUAAACUGGAAAGCAAAGCUUUAAUAACCGACAGCGUGAUAACCUUCACGGGCUCUGCUGUGAGUUUCGGCACUCUGUGCAGCCUAUUGGCGACGGAGAAGAGUGACGACUUUUGGUACCUGGAUCCCGUUGUCGGAAUGCUGUGCGGAGCGUUCCUGUUGGCGUGGGGAAUCAAGUUGUUAACGGAGAUGGUUUGCUGCUACAGAGGGGCUGCUGUUGAAUCUUGACGCAGUCGGAAAUAUGUUCUAGGUCCAUGCAAAUUUCGGAUAUUUAGCUACAUACAAGUCGCAACAGUGGACACGUGCAGUCAGCACAAAUCGGUGGAAAUGUCAAGAUAUUUAUUUUUUCCCAUUCACGGAGUAUAGUAUGCAGAAUGUAUUUAGUGAAGACAUCUUAUAUUUAUGUAAAAUCAAAGUCGACAUACAAUCCACUCAGGUAUACAAUAAUACCGUAUAUCAGUCAGUCAGGCGUCACGUUGUGUCGGAAGUACUGUCUGUCCGACGCAGUGACGCCAUUAUAUUCAGAGCUGACUGAGAUUAGGUAUGCCAACACACAGUGAAUGGGGCGUUUGGCUUUUCGUGUCAAACAACAUAUUUAUAGCAUCUAUAUGAAAACAGUUGACAUUUCACAAUUCCGCCGGAAAGCUCCUAUUUAUUCUCGUUCUUUAGAUUCUUCUGUCGAGAUUCACAAGUAACGUCAUAAACAUAAAAUGGUUCCAGCCCGAAAUAUUAGCCCUCUAGCUCCCAUCAUGUGUUUCAGGAUUCCGGGUAAGAACUGAUCCCCAUCAACGGCCGUAUGGGUGGGGUGGGGUGGG